UGCAAAUGGUGGCGUCAUAAACAGAUGAUUGCACGCGAAUGCGGCUUACCGUGGCAUUUAUCUGUCAAAAGUGGUGAGGGUUGGUCGCGACAGCGAACAUCUGAGAGUUCGCCUCGCGCAAUCCUCAGUGAAAAAAAAGACUUUAUUAAAACCAAAAACUGUCGGAAGGUCGUGAUCCUACUAGCAAAAUUUCGCACUUAACCCUUAUUAUGUGAGUUAUGUGAUUGGAUUUUUUCCGCAAAAAUAUGUGGCGUGGACGUGAAUUUCUCUGUUGCUUCGUCCUCAAUCUUCUUCUCUCACCGUGCAAUUCAGAAUGGAAGCGAAAAGAGUGUGACGUGCACGAUUUGCUGUCUGUGUGCGACAAGACAGAGAGAUGUGUGAUGAACCCAAAUUCGAACGGCACAUCUUGGUGCGAGUGUUUGCAUGGAUAUGAAGUUCGGGAUGGAAAGUGCAUCCCAAUUCCAACGACUGAAAAGGCCUUGCCGACGACCCCGAGGCCGGAACCCAAGCCCAGCUCCGGAGGUGGUUCGGUCGCAGCUGGUUUACUGAUCCCAACCUUCCUCAUAAUUCUCGGAGCGUUCGUCUACUUUGGGGCGAGACGAUAUAAAUGGCUGCAGAGAUUCCGACAAUACCGUCAAAAUCGCUACGGCAAUGUCCUAGUUACGAGGGAUGACACCGACGAUGACGAUCCGCCGAUCUCGUAAGCCACCAAGUAGAUCAAGAACUAGCAAAAUGUAAUUUGUCUUGCGGAAUCGCCUGCAAACUCGAUAAAGCGCGUCGCGUCUCAUCUGUGCCGACCAAAAAAAAAAAAAAAUCAAUCGCGAGAGCCAAGAGGCCGAAGUGUGAAAUAUUAAAAUUAGGGGCGCUUCUUUGGUUCUCGCUGUGCCGUAUUUCCUCAA